UGGCUCUGACUCUUGGACUGGACUUCUUGUGUUUUGGCUUGAGAGCGUGAGGCUAUGAGCACAGCGUGAGCGUGUGUGAGCGUGUGUGGCCUCCCUCUCCCCAGACAGACACUCGCCCUCCGAGACCUCCAAAUCCUCCAAGAAGGUGGUUCAAGAGGUUAGGUCCUGGCCUGGCCCACACACCCCAUGCUAGCUUAGGUGGUUCAUCAAUAUCACGGCGCUGAUAGGGCAGGACACACCCGCCUCCGGGCCGCUCUCGUGUCUGCGGGCUAGUCCAUUCCCCGUCCACGUCAAAUCGGACCUACCGAAUGGCCGCUUCGGGGUCUGCCUCUUGACAUUUGAACUCGCACCGCCCCAUGCCACAUUUCGGGGUUCGACCCGUCCGGUGAUUGGGCCCUGAAACUGUCAGACCCAAACAUGCGGUCACGACGGCUCUGGCUGUCCUUGGCCUGGUUGACUUUGGGGGGUGGGCUGACCAUCACGGCCGGACCCAUGCCCCUCGAAGCCGACUCAACGCCCCCACCGCCCCCUGACGAGCCGGAUUUAGUGCCGCAAUUGGCCACCCAGGCCGAAGUCAGUCCGCCUCCGCCCCGCGAUGAAGAGAUCCCGCCCGACAAGGCCGCCUUGCCCGUGCCUACCCAACUGCGGUUGCUUUCCGCCACGCAAGAGAGUGUGCGAUUGGCCUGGCAGUUUACCUGGCCAGGUGGUGGCUCGAGCGAGCCCAAUGAAGCCAGCAGGGUCUUGGCCCAUGAUGAUCGUGCUAACCACUAUUUUCUGAUAAUCUACGUGCACGGAGAUGAUGAGAAAUUCCACCGGGUUCAACGCGAUCAACGCGAGUGCGAACUGACUGGCCUCAAGACUCAUUCCUUGUAUGAGAUCCGCGUCAAAGCCUUAGUGGGUGGGCGGUCCACACCUCCCUCACCUCCCAUCAAUGUGUCGACCGACGUGGGCCAGCCGGGACAACCUGUUAUUACCAACGUGAGCUGCUACGAUACCGGAGCUCUGUCUUUAGAGUGGGAGCGACCGAGUGAUUUUGACAAGUCCGUGGAUUACUACCGCGUAUUCUACCGACCCACAGAUCAAGCUGUGUUUGAACAUGUGACCGUGCCCAGUGGCACCAAAGAAACCAGCAUGAGAUACCACCUGAGGCCAUUAGUGGGCCGCAAGCAUUACGUGAUCAAGAUAUGUGCGGCUACCCGUAGUAUUUACAAUCCGAAUCGCACGUGGUUAGGCGAGGCUUCGAAGGAAGUGCGAGUAUACUUACCCGAGUCCCAAUGUCUUGGACCCGAGCACGGCCAGGCGGGCGAGCUUAGUAUCGGCAUGGUUCUCGGCGCUGUCGGGGCCUUGGUCCUCCUGGCUUUGGCUUGCGUCUGUUAUGUGAUAUGGAAGCGUCAUCUAAAAUCGGCCUACUACGAAAUUGAUGAUCUUCCUCGAGUGGUUGUUCCCAUGGGUGAGCCCCAAUGGGAAAAUGAGCCUGGCCUGGAAGGUGCCAAGCCUGGUUCGAUCCUGGUGGAAAAUUUGGAAGAGCACGUGGCUCUGCUCCAUGCAGAUUCGGAUUUCGGGUUUACAAAGGAGUACGAGGAGAUUCAAACUUUCAGUGCUCAAGAGACCCAAGCUUGUCAUCUGCAGUGCUCGCAUCCUGAUAAUAAGUGCAAAAACCGAUAUCUCAACAUUGUUGCUUAUGAUCACAGCCGCGUGGUUCUUAGUCAAGCUAGCGGGCAAAGGAAAACAUCAGAUUAUAUCAAUGCCAACUACAUCGACGGUUAUCGCAAAUACAACGCCUACAUUGGAACUCAGGGGCCUUUGGAAGACACGUGUGAGGCCUUUUGGCGUAUGGUUUGGGAGCAGAAUGUUUUUGUGAUCGUCAUGAUCACGAAUCUGAGCGAAAGAGGGCGGCGGAAAUGUGAUAUGUAUUGGCCGAAAGACGAUGCCGGUUGCAGUUACGGUCCUUUUGAAGUCCACUUGGAGCACGAGAAAGUCAUGUCUAACUACACGCUGAGAAAACUCAAACUCAGGCAUCUAAAGGAAUUAGCGGAUAAACCAAUAGGAACUGGUGGUGGAACUUUGCGCAAGAAGAAAUGUGCUUCGGGUGAACGCGAUGUCUUGCAGUUCCAUUAUACCUCGUGGCCCGAUCACGGCGUGCCCGCCCACCCGCUUCCCGUUCUUUCGUUCAUCAAGAAGUCCUCCGAAUCCAACCCUCCGGAUGGGGGCCCUAUUAUCGUUCAUUGCAGUGCUGGAGUGGGUCGGACCGGCACCUAUAUUGCGAUUCACGCCCUCUUGGAGCAAAUAAGAGAUCAGGGUCAAUUCAAUGCCUUUGGUUUCCUCAAACACAUCCGAAAGCAACGAAAUCAUCUAGUUCAAACUGAGGAGCAAUACAUAUUUAUCCAUGACGCGAUCUUGGAGGCCCUUAGGUCCGGUUUCACAGAGAUCAAAAGUAUUGAUAUUACGCCAUACAUUGAAGAUAUCGUUCAGAAUGAGGAGAUGAAAUUGCAAAAGCAAUUGCAGCUAAUCACCUCCUUCGAGCCCGCUGAGUUCCACUGCACGUCAGCCCACAAGUCUUGCAACGUGUCAAAGAAUCGAGAUUCUGAGAUCGUUCCCAUUGAAUCUGCCCGUGUCGUAUUGGCACCUAAACCAGGAUUGGAAGGAUCUGACUACAUAAACGCUUCCUGGCUUCAUGGUUAUCAUCGUCUAAAAGAGUUCAUCAUCACGCAACAUCCGACUGAAGACACUAAGCACGAAUUUUGGCGGAUGCUUUGGGAUCACAAUGUGCAAACGAUUGUCCUUCUCUCAUCGAUGGAGGAUCUGACCGAGUUUCCAAUCUUUUGGCCAAUCCUGGACGAAGAGUUCGACUUGGAGACCUUCAGAGUUCGCUUUAUCGAAAAGGCCACUCAUGAGGGCCAUUCCACAUUAGAUUUUGUCCUCUCUUCCUGUCAAGAUGAUUACGAGUUGACAGUUCGAGUCAUUCUCUGCUCAGGAUGGCCUCAUAACGUCAAGCAAUUAACGGAAGCUUUCGAGGUGCUAACGCUGGUUCAAGAAUGGCAUCUGGAAUAUCAAAAUGGGCCAAUGGUUGUUCUUGAUGCGAUGGGCGGAACCGAAGCGGCCACGUUUUGCGCCCUAACCACACUAUGUCAACAGCUUGAAACAGAAGAUGCCUUAGACGUCUAUCAAGUGGCCAAGCUCUACCAUGACAAUCGGCCUGGCGUUUGGAAAUCAAAGGCAGAUAUUCUCUUCAUGUACAAAGCUAUGGAGGCUCUCAUCGCUUCUAGUCAUAUUGCCAAUCCUGUCUCUUCCACCGUGAACUCCCCCGCCGCCGUUGCCAUCCUUUCGCCUGAACCUGUCGAAAGUGCGCCCGAUCAUGACACCCACCAUGAUGGGGAAGACGCCAUCCCAACCAAUAUCGCCUUGGGUAAUGGUGAUUUGAACGGAAUCUCACGCCAUUUAAGGAGUCAUUCGGAUUCCCUUGCUAACGGGUCAGUCAAAAUGACCCGGGUCGGGUCCGACUCGUCAGAGAGUUCUUCGAGAAGACACUCCUUACCCCCUGUGAAUGAUGUGGAAUCGGGACUGGCCUUGGAAGCGUGCCCCAAGCCCGCCAACGGCAUCGUUGCCAGUCUGCCAAAUGACACUCAACAUCAUAAUCAUCAUCAUCAUCAUGAUAAUCGUCAUCGUAACAGCUCUGAAGAGGAUGUAGAAGACGAUGAGGACGACGAACGUAAUUCUGAAACGGCAGCUCUGACCGCCUCUGCAUAAAUGAACAAUUACCCGUAAAUCAUAAGAGGCCAAUCCGUAAUAUCUCAUCUUGGGACGGAUGUGUACCCAAAUAAUGAAUAUGCAGAAGUCAUUUUUAAUAGAUCGCCCCAAUAGAA